UAGCAUUAACUUAUCACACUCUCUGUUACACACACGUUUUCUCACUCUCUUUCAGAACAGCAGCAGGAGGUAGUUAUGAGACACACUCUUCUGGCAGAUAAGCACAGCAGCCCCACAAAGCCUCCUUACUUAAUCAUUAACGAUCGACUCCUUGGUAAGUAAAGAUACCUACAAGGAAAUGGGAGGACUAAUUUGAGCAGGAGCUCAGAAGGUAUCAGACACAGUUACUCAAAGAAGCAAGGGACAAGCACGUCUUCAUACUGGGGAGAUCAAGUCAGGAGACACAAGAUGAACCUGUUCACCCAGCAAACUGUGAUGCUUUGGCUCUGUGCUGCUCGCACACUCACAACGGCAGAGCUGGUGAAGCUAACCACUGUUGACUCUGUCGUUGUGCCAUGUCACCAGAGUGUCACCCUCCGAUGUGACAUCUCCACCUUCCAGGAGGGGCUGUCAAUCUAUCAUAUGGCCUGGGUCCGCCAGGACGGGAAGCACCUGUGUGAUGUUAACAGAACUGGAGUGACCGGGACCCACCCAGGGAGCACACCUAGUGCCAUGGAGUGUCGUUAUACCCCACAGACACAGCUGACCCUGACUCUGCUGCAGGUACAGCCACUGGAGCAGGGAAAGUACUUGUGCAAGCUGCGCUCCAAUCAUGGAGUAAAGGAGGCCACUACAACGGUGAAGCUGCAAGAGUGCUACAGGGAGGCCCAGCCCAGCAUCAGUGAUGAGGGCCCGACCUGCACCUUUACUGGGGUCUACCCUGAUGGAGAGGUGCACUGGUUCCAGGGAUCCAACAAUGUGACUGGGGACCCUAAGAUCAAAACGAUACAAGUGAAGGAUGGAAUGUUUUUGACAAUAACUAGUUCCCUGAAUAGAAAGACCGUCUCUGGGGAAGGGGCCUACAACUGCUCCCUGUGGAUCCCCAGUACCGGAGCCUACCUGACCAGCAGCUUGGUACCAGAGCAUGGUGAAGCCAGGGUUGAGGAGCCCAAUGCCAACGGGGCAGGGGCCAUAGGUUUUCCACACAGAACCAUUCUAGUCCUCCUGAGUACUCUCUUCCUGGUGUGACGUCUUGAAAACAUUCACAAAUGGACCAGGAAACGCCAGGAUCAAUUAAUAAGAAUAUGGAAGAGCCAUUGUGUGGAAACCUUUCAUGGUCCAAGGGUUUCCUUGGCUGCGUAGAACAAGGAAAUGAUGGCCAGAUGAGAGGCUGAUAACCUGGUACAAAUCAGUGUAUAUGUAACGGGUAGAGCUGUCAACCUAUUGUGAAUGCACCAUUGUUGGUCUGCCAGUGCCAGGUGUAUGUGAUUGUUCAUUAAAAACGGCAAGCAGCAG